AUGCCAAAGGAACGGAAUUACAACCCCGUUCAAGCCCAGCGCAAAGCUGACAAGGCUAAAGCAAUCAAAAAGGGCAAAGCGGAAGUACAGGGACGUCGAAAUGAGCAGCUGGCGCGAAAGAACCCCGAGCGACUACAGAAGCAAAUCGACGACCUCAAAAAGAUCACAACGAGCGGUGGCAAACUCACGCGCCACGAGGAGCAGACACUAGAAGGCCUAGAAAAGGAACUACGGGCUGUGAAGAAGGCGAGAGACACACUGGGCGAUAAGGCGCCGUCAUUUGGUCGAGGAUGGAACCGAGACGACUCUAGGUCUGGUGUGCUAGGAAAGAGGAGGAGAGGCUCCAACGAGGCAACUGCCAGCGACGACGAUGUUCCCGAGGAUGUCAAGAAUAUCCCAAUGCCUCGAGACACGCCACCUCCAAUCCCGAAAGAGGUGCUGGACAAGUGGUACUCGGAGCGACGCGCACGGAGGAACGCAGAGAUUGCAGCAAAGCAGGAGGAGGAGGGCAACAUACCAAAGAGAGAAGAAGCGCCAGUUAUCGAAGCCAAGACGGUCUACGAGGCAAAGCCGGUGGUGCGAGAUCUCAGGAAAGAAGCCGUGUCGGCGUUUGUGCCGACAGCGGUCAAGCUGAAGAUGGACAAGGGCAAGGGCGAGGGCGGGCUGAUGGAGCCGGAGGAGGCAGACAGGUUGGAGAAAGAAGGCUACCUGAAGACGGGCGACACGAGCGGUCAGGCACCAGCGGCGACAACGGCAACGACGACAGCCCAAGGACGCCCUUUCCGGAAUGUGAUAAUGGAGGAUGUGGAUGACGAGGAGGGUUGA